CGGGACGUAAGAAGUUUGCCGGAUCGAGCGAGCGACAUUCGUCGUCGGAGAGGUGAAACUUCUCGCCGAAGCUGGAGGAGAGGGAGGGACGGUGUGGUUAGGGAGCGAGUGUGUGAGUCAAAGGGGGAGGGAGAGACCACGGGUGCGCUUUUGGCAGGGGGGUGUAGGAUUGCGUCGGAUGAUCCGGACAGAAGGGAACCCACUUGUUGUGGGCGAGGGGCGGAGUUUUAAUAUUAGGGAUCGCGGCUGGCCAUGUGUCCGGAGCAGCUCGGUCCUCAAUGUGCGCGAUGACGGUGUUCUAGCUGGCCUAAAACAUUCACCUCUGCUUUCUGUUGAUUCCGGAAAGUGGAUGAGGUAUGGGGCUCAUCAUUGUUUCGGUGAUCAUAAAGGAAACGAAAAGCAGUUGGAGAAUCUUCCGAAAUAGUCAGACGAGCUCGCUCGCGAGGCGCAGAGUUCGAGUCGUCUAGAGCCUCGGGCAAUUUUGACUUCUUUGACGACCGGAAUUUUCUGCCAAAUGUGUUAAUAUUCUAAUAGCUGGAUAUUGAAUUCGGAACCUGGAACCCGGUUGUCGGGCAUGUGAUUUCCUUUUUGUUCCCAUUGUAUUCUUCCACUUUCGCCUGCUGAUAUUUUAGUGCAGAUUUUCGGGGGACCAACCACCGAAGAAAGCCUGUGCCCGCGACCACGUCUGAAAUAUCGGACGCAAAGUCGCAAUCCAGCCAACCAACGGAAGUAGUCGCAGGCGCAGGAGAAUUCGAACGAGUGGUACCCCUCGUACUUUCCAGCGGAUGAGCAACGGCGUCCAGAGCAGAACAGCGAAUGAGGCAUGGAGUUCCGAAUUUUUAACAUAAUUUGCUGGGACGCCGGUGCAACUGGGACGACUGCGGACUCAGAAUUAGGGCUCGCGAGGGGCCCGCCUGUUGGUUUGGGAAAGAUGCCCCUGCAGCUCGAUAGGACGGAUGACAGAUCUGGAAACUGUUGUGGCAGUGUAAUACAGCCAGGUGCUUACUCCUGCUUGAAAUCGUGUUGCAUGGCUAUGCGUGCAAUUAUGCGUAAACCCCUCGUCGUGCAAGUGGCAAGCUUUUGGUAAUGUUUCCUAAUAUUUAGCUGUGACUGCCAUGAAACACAUUUAGACGGAACUGUUCUGUCUUAAAUCCUCAAUCCCUAGGACGCCACUUUAUGAGAGCUGUUCUUCCAAGUGGAUCCUGGAGCGAGAGCAUACCAUUGGGGAAUGUUCUGUAAACCCGGUACAGAAGCCUCGCUUUGUGUGCACAGGCCUUUCAACUGGAUCCCAGCGAUCAGCAAGUGGCUAAACUUUGUCGAUCGUCGUAGUUCAUUCGCAUAACCGAGUCAUUGCUUCCGUAGCAGAGCAUGUUUUAUUUAACGCCAGUCCUGGUCUUCCCCGGAGAAGACUCUUCUUAUUCCGCAUAAGCACGAGGUAUCAUCUUCCUCGUGUGCGUUUUAUUCUUUUCCCUUUGAGCAGUUCCUGUGAACUGGAUCUAAUGGCACCACUUGACAAAAGUGAGAUCUUGCACAGGAACUUGCUAUCUGCCAAGAGAAUCAUAUGUGCUUAAAAUAUCAUUUUCGAUACUUGAGCAACUACUUUUCUCCUGCUGUUUGAGCUUGGCUACCAGCUUCAUGACCGAGAGUCUGUGGUCAGUGAGUCAUUCGUACCAAAUCACAAGGCCUUGAUCCAGGUGAGCAUGCCAGGAGUAGGUUAAAGGUGAUUGUGCUUUUCGACACUAAAACGUGCUCGCUGAGUAGUUGGGUCCUGCUGGAGAUCUCAAGCAUUGUUCUAAUGCACUUCUGGCAUCAAGUUAAGAACCACAUUCGGCUGGAGCAAAUCCCAAACGUUUCUGCUGGCGAUCAUACAGCACAUGGGCGUUCUUCGUUUGAUAAUUUCUGGUGAUGGUUAUUGCGUCAUCGUUGAUCAUGGCCAAGCAGAGGUGCCCCGCUUCGUCGACCUUCACAAACAGGUUAUCUGGCGGAAUUUUCGUAAGCAGCAUCGAUGAAGUGGAAGGUUGCAUUGGGCAACUUUGGGUUUUGAACACCAGAAAGGUUGUAACAAAGUUCAAAUUCAAAGUCAGGGUCACAAGAUGGGUUGACUUGAGGAUAAUCCAUCACCUCUGCUACAGCUUGAACUACUGUUCUUAAAAAGUCCACAACCCAUGAAGAGUGUAUGUUGUACCAGAGUCGAUCAUUGUUCCGGGGUUCUGAAGUGCCUCACUUGGUAUGUCCCAACUUUUUUCCUUCGACAUUCAUCCCUGUGAGGUGCAGCAGGUAGGGAGGGAGUCAUGCUGAAGCUCUCCUUGUAGGUGGCAUAUACGAAGUGAGUGUAGCGCAUUCUGCUCGGACAAACACCAGAGGGCAUCAUGUCAGUCCAGCAAUUUUGGGCUUCUUAGACCUUUUGAGUGAGGGUUUAUCGUUAGAUUUGUGUUCGGGUGAUGACUCUGUAGACGAUGCAGAAUUUUAUGUCUUGCGUUUUUUUUCCUAAUGCUGUGAUUCUCCAAAUCCUAUGUGCAAGAAAAACCUAAUCUCAUCUACAGAACAUGGACCGUGUGAAUGAUGCAGUUGUCUAGUCACUCUGCCGUGAAUUUUGCAAACCCUUUCAGAAAGGGUCUGGUCUUCCUCUGUGUUCAAAGACUGAUCAGGCUGGACAUUAUUUUCUUCUUGGAUAGACA